CUUUCUUGUCCUUUCCUCCGGUGGAUCUCACCCCUCCUCCCGGGCUGACGUAGUGAGGAUCCUCCGCUGCCCACGGGUGUGGGCGACCAACCUACCAAGAGUAUAAACAGCUUCGCGGGACUCCGGAUCAUCACUGCUUGAAGCCGCAGCGACACGGUCACCAGAGCUGAACCUCAGCAGAGAUAGCAGCAAGCAGGCACUUCUACGCCGCUCAGGCUAACUCGCUUUCGGCUUUGGUUCGAGAUGGAGACUCGUCGGUCCUUGAAGGGCUCCAGCGCCCACAAUGUUAAGAGUGGACUGUGUCUUUGGCUGAUUCUAUGGCUGGUGGUGGUGAAGCCGGGCGGGGUGGGUGCAUGCCCCAGACUGUGUGUGUGUUACCCUACGCCCAUGACGGUCAGCUGCCAGUCCCAGAAUCUCACCAUAGUGCCGGCUGGUGUACCGUACGACUCUCAGCGUGUUUUCCUGCAGAACAACCGCAUCACUGAGCUUCGCGCAGACUCUUUUGGUUUUGAGACACAGGUGCUUUGGCUGUAUGCUAACAACAUCACAUGGAUCGAGGCUGGAGCUUUCAGUAACCUCAGGGUUCUGGAGGAGCUGGAUCUGGGUGAUAACCCACUGCAGCGCUUGGAAGGUGGAGCAUUCAGGGGCUUGGAGAAGCUGCAGAGCUUGCACAUGCAUCGCUGCAAGUUGGCCGCUCUCCCCCAUGACCUCUUCCACAAGUUGUACAGCCUGCAGUUCCUCUACUUGCAGGAGAAUCAGCUCCACUUUCUGCAGGAUGAUCUGUUCUCAGAUCUGGUCAACCUCACCCAUCUCUUCCUGCAUGGCAACCGCAUCCGUGCCCUGUCUGAGAAUGUGUUCAGAGGCCUGGUCAACCUGGACCGUCUCCUUGUCCAUGACAACCGCAUCAGACAGGUCAACCGUCGGGCUUUCCGUGACCUUGGCCGUCUGACUAUCCUCUACCUGUUCAACAACUCCCUGGCCGAACUGCCAGGCCAGGCCAUGAGAGAUGCCCAAGGUAUCCAGUUCCUCCGCCUCAAUGGUAACCCCUGGUCCUGCGGCUGUGAGGCUCGCCCCCUGUGGGAGUGGUUCCGCAAGGCCCGCAUCUCCUCCUCUGAUCUUAUGUGCACCUCCCCAUCCCAACGUCGUGGCCAGGACCUCAGAUUUCUUCGCGAGCUGGACUUCGCCCUCUGCCCUCUGCCUGACCCUGGCUCUCUGGCUGGAAGCACCACAACAACCUUCAGCACCAAGACCCGCUGGUGGUUCUCCAAGAAUAAACCUGCAACUUCAUCCAAGGCAUCGUACCAGAAGAGCUCAGACACAGUGAAGGCCUUCCCUUUCUCUGCCGUCAAGCCUCAAUACCUCCCCAAAACCCCUUCUGAAACCAUCUCCUCCAAGUAUGAACUGUCAGAGGAUGAGGUGGCGCUCCCCAAGCUGGACCAAGAAGAGUACUGGGCCAAUUAUGGUAACGAAGAUGCCUCCAUCCGCUGCUUCGAGCUGGAGUGCCCCCCAGGUUAUGAUACCUCAGCCUUCCCUUCAUCUUCCUCCUUACCCAGCACCUCAUCUCUCCUCCACCUCCUCUCCCUCUCUAUAGUAACAUUCUCCAUCCAUUUCCUUUUUGGCUGAACUCUCCUCUCCUCCACACCCCUUUUUCUCCUCAGAUUUCUCCCCCUGCUCUUUCCAACUCUAACAAAAACCUGGAUCUUGAUUCCUUUCAGUUGCCUCCUCAACUUGCAGGGGGUACCACACUGACACAAGAGACAGGCAAGGCAGCAGGGAGCUGUUUUAAAGAGCAGAUAUCAGUUGAUGUGGCGCAGGACAAGAUUUCAGUGUUGAAGUAGCUGCUGCUAAAUAGUACAGGCUUUAAAAAGCCUCUGAAGGUACAAAGGCAGAAAACUACAACAGCAUCAUGAAAUGAUAGAAACACAACACAACUCACAGACAGCUGGUGGCGUCUCCAGGUGUGUUUUUUUUAAAUAUAUAUAUAUCACAGCUGUUAACAAUGCAGGCGUUGUUACUCAUCUACAGCUAUUUUCUAGAUCAACCAGUGCUCACCAUCCAAUCACCACUGACAUUAUCCAUCACUCAUUUAUUUAUUUAUUUUACAAAGUUGUGAUUAAUUAAUGACAGGUGGCACUACCAGAAGCAGGAGAAAGACAUAGAUUAACAAAGAUGAUGAGAGGACAUUAAGGAAAAGUAAAGAAUCACAUGGAGUGAGAUUUAGAUAUUCAUCUCAAGGCAGAAAAAGAUGAGAGCAUCAUUAGAGCUGCCGCCCAGAGCGACUCUCCUUCCUCCUCCAGAUUCAAAAUCUUGCCAGAAAACCACCACCCACACUUGUACAUACCACACAUCAACACUGUACAUACACUCCUUGAAACAAAAUACACUCUGUAUUUUAGACUAGGUGGAUUUUUACUUUUUAUUUAAGUACCAGCUUGUGGUGAUAGAAGAGAUUCUUAGAUUGUGAAUGGAAGGCAAACAAAUGUAACAGGCCCUUUAUGUUUUCCAGUCUUGUCUCUUCCUUGCUCAGACAACCAACAACAAAAAAAUCUGGGAAAUAGAUGACUACAAAUGUAUUUUUGAUUUUUAUGUGUGUGAUUCAGUUUUUGUUGUGCGAGUGGGAUUAGACCAUUAUAGAUCAAUAACCAAAGUCCUGAGACCAGUUUCAUGAGGUCUCUUCUUAAAAUGAGUGCCUGUGUGCAUGUGCCUCUUUUUUUGUGUCUGUCUGUUUGUUAGUCUGGAUGUCCAAACUGAUCCAGGACAAGGUAAAAACAACACCGGGGUUGAAUCCUACACAGCUCUUUGUGUAGUUUGAAGUCUCAGGUCUCUGUCCUGUUGGCUCCUGUUACAUUACACUUUAACCUGCAAUUUGUCCACAUCAGUGUGGCUGUGCACAGAUAAACUCACGUGCACCCAUAACUGUAUAGUUUCAGAAACAUGUCAGAAUCUGUUAAUGUUUUGUUGUUUUACUACUUUAUGAACAAUUUUAGUAAAUCAGAGGAUUUCAUCUGAUUUCAGUGACAUAUAUCUGUAUUUUAUGGCACUACAGGUCGCAAUCAAGCUGUCAGAAAACCCAGCCCUCCCAUAUUAAAGCUGUACUUUACUAUUUAACCUUUCUAACUCUGUGUGUUUGAGAUGAGUAUUCACUCUGCAGUCUGUUCAACACAAUACAAAUCCAACCUCUUUGUUAUCUGCAUUAUUCGUGAUGGUCUUGUGGUCCUAUAUGGUCCAUGUUGUACAAAUCAACCCGAACUAUAACUGUGAGUUUCUGCAUAGAACAUGAAAGAUACUGUGAUGCUAUUAGAUUUUUCAAUGGAAAAAAAAUGUUGAGAAAGUGUUUUGCUU